GUGACAUCACCUAAGAAUUGUUGAAAAGCUAGUUAUUAGUGGUGUUUAAAAGGGAAUAUUUCCCGUCCUAUUCUCCUAGUGAUAACCCUACAACCAGCUUGAGUUUGCACCAAACUUUGGGCAACGCGUAGCGCCUUUCUAGCCAUUGUACAAUGAAUAGGAGGAGGGUCGAAACACAGAACCGUUCCCGAUUUCGUUUAUUUCCGGUGAUGAUACUGCUGGUGCUAGCACAAUGGUGCCUGGCGACCGUGACGGCCGAAUCGACCGAUAUCGAGCUCGAUGCAAAGGCUAACAAAAUGCACCAGAUAGAUUCCCUUAAUCUGUUGCUCUACACUUUUCUUCUCACACUGACCGUGCUAACCAUUUGGUUGUUCAAACACCAUCGAACCACCUGGCUACACGAAACUGGCCUUGCAGUUAUAUACGGACUCAUCGUUGGUGCCAUCAUUCGUUAUGCGGGUACUACUACGCCAAUAAUUCACGUUGCCGUCGAACCUGAACCGGACGUUAAGUUUAACCAAAGCCUCCCACCCGACACACUUUGGCUCAAGUUUCCGGGAAUCCUUCCCCACGGAUCCGAUCAACCAGUGAAAGCCAACAAAACGUAUACAUACAGCUUCCGGGGGGAUCUGGGCAACGCCGAGGAAAAUGAGAUCGAUCUUAAAGCUACCUUUGAUCCUGAAAUAUUUUUUAAUAUCAUUCUACCACCGAUAAUCUUUCACGCUGGUUACAGUUUGAAAAGAAAAUAUUUUUUCCGAAACCUAGGAGCAAUUUUGAUGUUUGCUAUAAUCGGUACAACGCUGUCGGCAUUUUUAAUUGGAGCCCUAAUGUACGGAUUCGUGCAGCUGAUGCCAAAACUCAAAUCAAGCUUCACGUUCCUGGACACGCUCUAUUUCGGGGCACUGAUUUCCCCGACCGAUCCUCUGACGAUUUUAGCCAUCUUUAGCGACAUGCACGUCGACGUCAAUCUAUAUGCACUAGUUUUUGGAGAGAGUGUUCUCAACGAUGCAGUUGCUAUUGUACUCAGUGGAGCUAUACAAAAUUACGGCGAACACUACUCGAGCAAUGGAGAGUUCGAAGGGCAUGCCUUUCUCCGUUCGCUGGGCGAUUUCUUCAGCGUAUUCGCUUUCUCUCUAUUGAUCGGAGCCUCGAUGGGCUGCGUUACAGCUAUGAUGACGAAAUUCACGCGGAUACGAGAUUUUCCGCUGCUAGAAUCUGCUCUCUUUGUGCUAAUGUCAUAUAGUACGUUUUUGAUUGCCGAAGCCGCGGAGUUGACAGGUGUCGUAGCGGUGCUCUUUUGUGGAAUUUGUCAAGCUCAUUACACAUAUAACAAUCUGUCGGAUGACUCUCGAAUACGAACGAAACAAAUAUUCGAGCUACUCAACUUUCUUGCGGAGAACUUUAUCUUUUCGUACAUAGGCGUAUCAAUGUUUACUUUUCCAAAGCAUCACUUCGAUCCAUUGUUCAUCUUUACUGGUUUUAUGUGUGCGGCAAUAGGGCGUGCUGUUAACAUUUAUCCACUAUCCGCUCUACUAAAUAUUGCUAGAAAGCCAAAGAUAUCGUGGAAUUUUCAGCAUAUGCUGUUCUUCGCCGGGUUGCGUGGUGCGAUGUCGUUUGCACUUGCGAUCAGAAAUACAGUGUCCGAUGCGCGACACGCCAUGUUAACGACGACAUCCCUGAUUGUGAUUACCACUGUGAUUAUUCAAGGCGGUGCUGCAAAUUUUCUGUUAAAUUGGUUAAAAAUUCCUGUUGGAGUAGAUGAUGAAACUGAGGUGUUACCUUUCCAAGGAGUGCGUAGCGUGUAUAAUUCGAUGGAAAAUACUGUCGGGGAUCUUGAAAAUCCCGAUAGUGAGGGAGCUACUACUCCUGGUGGAACCAGAAGAGGACAUGAGAAAGCUGUUCUAGCUAGAUUGUGGGGAAAUUUCGACACAAGGUACAUGAAGCCGCUGCUGACACAUUCUCGGCCAACAUUGUUAGAAACGUUGCCAGUUUGCUUGAGUCCCUUAGCUCGACUGCUAACAACAACUGAACAAUUGACUCAGGAUGGCCCAACACGCCGGGCGGAUUCCGACUCGGACUUGUGCAUCGACAAUGAUGACCAUGGUAGUGGGCCGACGGAUGGCCCCGUCCGUCGUAACUCUAUCAAUCGCCAAAAACAAGGCGCUUAAAUUACAUGCUGAAUGGUCUGCUGCCCCCUUGCUGUAGAGCAAAUCUGUGAAGAAUAAGCGAAAAUGUGCCCAACCAAAAUUACCGCGUUACCACAUGGUUUGCCAUAUGUUUCCUUCGUAUUAGUUAUUUAGUUUACUUUGAAGUUGAACAAUUUAUAUGUUAUUUAGUUUAUAUUUUAAAUUAAAUAUAAGAUUAUGGGUUGGGUCAAAGUUAUCUCUGUGAGUUGUUCCUGUGAAAUAAAUAAUUCUAUUGGAAUUUAAAAACAUAAUAAAUCGUAACUCAACAUGUGGUAAGAACAACGUAUCAAGCGAAACAGGACAGAUCUCUGAUCAUUGCGACUGGAAAAGGGCACAAACAUGUGCAUGUAAUUGGAUACGUCCAAGAAAGCUUCUAGCGUUAGCGGUAGGUCGCUAAAAAUAUUUAUGAUUUCAACUGCAUAAUUCGAGAAAAUCUCAUGCUUUGUGUUAAUGUUCCUUUCUCAAUUUGAACAAAGGUACAACUACAAAGAGAUAUUCAGGUUCGAUCGGAACAUCUCUGUUAAUGUUUAUCAGAUUUUACUUUAUGAUUCCUUGUUAUGUUUGCUCUGCUAAGUUAAAGCGAACCGUGAAAUGCAAACAAAGUGAAUAUUUUGUGUGUACGCCUGGGUAGCUGAUUAUUGUCGGUGUACUUAGAAUAUAUAGAAGUAAAACUUUAAUUGAAAUGUUCACUUAUAUAACAAAGAAAAGGAAUGUAUAACGGUAGCAAAUACGCUGGAGUCUUAGAGCAUGGUUAACAUGAGAAAUGAAUGACUAGGUUAACUGGUAGUGUUGAAAACUGUUUCUUAUGAAAUCAUUAGGAAAAAAUGUUUCAAAAUAUACCGAUCAGAUUACCUACAUUGUUCGAAAGAUUGCGGCAUUCUGGAGCUGUUAGGUUACAUUUUUUCUUAAUUUUACAACGUGAUGUGUAGGCAAUCAAAAAAGAGACUAAUGUAGGUAAAAUGUCACGACCAUAAGUUGUAGGUUUAGUCAGCAAGAGAAUGAAUGGUGCUUGGUGAAGAUCCUGCGAAAAGUGUACAGUGGCGCAUGGAAAAUUCAAUGUAAAAUGAAAUACAA